AUGUCCCUCCCUCAGAAAAUUACCACAAAGGAGCAAGUUGAUGCUCUUUUGGACCAAUAUGACAACUUUCUUUUUGAUUGUGAUGGGGUCCUCUGGCUUGGGGAUCAUUUGUUACCCCAUGUUGUGGAAACGUUGGCCUUCUUGAAGUCUAAAGGGAAAAAGUUGAUCUUUGUGACCAACAACUCCACCAAGUCAAGAGAAAACUACUUGAAAAAGUUCGAGAAAUUUGGGGUUAAAGGGAUCACUAAAAGUGAUAUCUUUGGGUCAGCUUAUGCAACUGCAGUUUAUUUGGAUAAAGUGAUGAAAUUCGAUCAUACCAAGAAGGUUUGGGUUCUUGGCGGCCAAGGGGUUCAUGAUGAGCUUACAGAAUUGGGCAUUCAAUCCAUUGGUGGUACUGAUCCGGAAUUGGAUAAACCUUUUUCUGAUGAUUCUAAGUUCUUGAAGCUUGACCCAGAAGUGGGAGCAGUGAUCGCUGGAUUGGAUACUUCCAUUAACUACCAUAGAUUGUCCAUCACUUUACAGUAUUUGUUGGAUCCGAACGUGAUCUUUAUGGCUACCAAUAUUGAUUCUACUUUCCCUAGUCAUGGCAAAAUCUUGCCAGGGGCAGGCUCAAUUAUUGAAUCCGCGAUCUACUCCUCCGGCAGACAACCAACAGUUUGUGGUAAACCAAAUAUGAACUUACUCAAAGCCAUUCAAGCUGAGCACAACUUGAAUUUAGAGAGAUCUAUCAUGGUUGGUGAUAGACUUAACACCGACAUGAAGUUUGGUAAAGACGGUGGCUUGGGAACCUUGUUAGUCUUGACAGGUAUCGAGACAGAAGCCAAUGUCUUGAAGCAAGAUGGCACUCCAAAAUACUAUGCUGAUAAGUUGGGGGACUUGUACGAGUUACAAAAAUAA